AUGAUUGCUUCAGAUUAUGAAGAUAUUGAGACUGAAGGUGAAAGUGAAGGGGAAGAGAUGCCACAAAAGCAAGAGAGUAGUGAUGAUAGCAUUGAAGGGCCCAUGAAAGGAGAGCUUUUAGUGGUAUUCAUUUGUGAAGAUGGGAGGAAAGUGACCCUAACACCUCUCUCUCCCAAGAAAGUGUAUGAUGAUCAAUGUAAGAUUGAAAAAGAGAGAGUAGAGGCUGAAAAUGCAAAGGACAUACUUAUACCACCUAAAAGUGGUAAGGAUAGUGGCAUUGAGCCUAGUGAGAAACCCAAGGUGAAAAAGGGUAGUUUCUUGGCUAGGGAAAAUGAUAUUAGGCAUGCAUUGCAUACUAAUAGAGUAGUGUUUUUUAUUACUUGUAAAGAUGUUUAUUUGAACACUAUUAAUGCACUUGAUCUUGCCUUGCCAAGAGAGCUUGAUGAUGUGUUUCCUGAAGAGAUGCCGAGUGGUUUACCACCUGAAAGAGGUUUAGAACAUCAAAUAGACUUCGUGCCAAGGGCUGCCAUACCAAAUAGACCAGCCUAUAGAAGCAAUCCAGAGGAGACAAAGGAGCUCCAAAGAAAAGUCGAUAAGCUAAUGUCAAAAGGGUCAUUAAAUGAACAUGUCAUGCAUAUUACAGCAGUUUUAGAUGUUCUUCGAAAAAAGAAGCUUUAUGCUAAUCUUAGGAGUGUAGUUUUUGUUUAG